AAUGAAGCUAUUUAUAAUAAAGGGUUAGUAAGAGAGAGAAGAAAUAAUGAAACUGUCAUAUUAAAAAAGUUUAAUGAGUUAAAAUCGAAUCAACAUUGUUAUGUACUUAAUCGUCAUAUUAUUAGAACUUAUGGUUUUACAAAAGAUCCCAACUCUGAUGAUUAUAUUCUAGUUAUGCAAUAUGCAUCGGGAGGAGAUUUACAUAAAUAUUUACGAGAGCAAUUUACAAAUAUUACAUGGGAUAAACGAAAAAUAAGUAUUUUGUGGCAAAUUGCAAAAGGGCUCGAAACAAUACAUAAUGCAAAAUUUAUACAUCGUGAUUUUCAUAGUGGGAACAUGUUAAUUGAUUUAUCAUACGAUAAAGCACAUCAAUGGCAAAUUGGAGACUUAGGAUUAUCUCAGCCUGUAGAUAGCGUAUCAUCAAAUAAUGAAAUAUAUGGGGUGAUACCAUAUAUCGCACCAGAAAUAUUUAAAGGAUCUACAUUUUCCAAAGAAUCUGAUGUUUAUUGUGUGGGUAUGAUUAUGUGGGAACUUACGACAGGUUGUAAACCUUUUGCUAAUGUUGAACAUGAUAUCAAUCUGAUUUACAAAAUUCUUGACGGAGAGCGACCUGAAAUUACAAAAGAUACACCUGAAUGUUACGCUAAUUUAAUGAAAAGUUGUUGGGAUCCUGAUCCGGAAAAAAGACCUUCUAUAACGGAAAUUC